AUGAAUAAAUCUCAAUUUGAUAAUAAAAAUUUUCAAGAUGAGAAUUCUUAUGAUGAAAACUCUCAAGACAAAAAUUUUCAAGAUGAAAAUUCUCAAGAUGAAAGUUCUCAAUGCGACAAUUCUCAACAUGAAAAUUCUCAAGAUUUUAUUCAAAAAAAAUCUGCUAAACAUUGUCCAAACCAAAACAAAGAAGUUAAAGAUUUUUAUAAUCAAGUUAUUGCCAAUCGACAAGGCAGUAGCCAAGCAGUAUCUCAAAAUUUGGUACUUGAAAGUACAAAAUUAACUUCUCAGUAUGAACAUAAUAUUGAUUUAGCUUUAAUAAAAGCAUUUAUAGUAUGUAAUAUACUAUUUCAUGUUAUUAGCAAUCUAUAUUUUAUUGAUACAUUACGAGAAUUAAGAUCUGGAUAUCAGCCACCAUCAAGACAAUUACUUGCAGGAUGA